AUGAUCGGUGGGUUGUUCGUGUACAACCACAAAGGCGAGGUUUUAGUGUCAAGGAUUUAUCGAGAUGACAUAGGUCGAAAUGCUGUGGACGCGUUUCGUGUCAGUGUCAUCCACGCCCGUCAACAGGUCCGAUCUCCGGUGACAAACAUCGCUCGGCGAUCAUUUUUCCACAUCAGACGCGAAGUGCUGGAUUACGGUUAUCCACAAAACACCGAUCCCGGCGUCCUCAAAACCUUCAUCACGCAACAAGGCAUCAGAACUGCGGUGAGUUGCGGAAGGUUUGAAUUACUGGUGACUUAGCA